AUGAGCCGCAGGUCUUCCGCAAUCAGCUCCCUGUCGCGCGCUCUCCUACGCGCCCUGCUGCAUCGCCCGGAGGCGUCAGCUGCGUGCGACGCCCGGCAGUUCUGUGCCGCGGCGCUGGGCCCGUCGCAAGGAGCGACUCGCGGAGCUGCACGAGGCGCAGCGGCAGCGUCGCAUGAGCUCGCUGGAGGGCGGGAGCGCAGCGCUGCCGCGCUCGCGCUCACGCUCGCGGCCGUGGGAGCGGCGUCUGCCGCGGCGGCGCGUCCGCCGGCCAAGUCGGCGGAGGAGGAGGCUGUUCUCGAUUCCCUGCGUCCGCUGGCGAACGAAAUAUCCACGGAGGUCGACCGGUGGCUCGUCCAGGACGGCCCGCACACGCAGGCGACGCGCGACGCCUGGACCAAGUACCUGACGACCGUCACGCGCGUCGCGACGCAGCUCGCCACCAACGCCGACACCGGGGAACAGGUGGUGCGCGUCACCAUCCCGCUGUCGCCCACCGCGGACCCGCGCGCGGUGAUCGACGCGGCGGCGGGAAGCGGUGCGGGCAUGCGGUCCAUCGUUGUGACGGAGGGCGACGACGGCGCGCUGACGUUCGUCGCGACGGCGGAGCUGCACGGGGGCUCCGUGCGGGGGCGGAUCGCUGCGGCCGGCGACGGCGAGGCGGCGCGCGCCGUCGAGGUUGACGUGCCGCUGUCGCUGCUGCGCUCGCAGCGCGCGGCGGCCACGCACGAUACGCUCCGCGGCGUGCUGUUCGCGUCGUCGGGCCUGAACGAGCCGACGGGGGCCGCUGGGCUCGUGUGGCCGUGGGGGGUGGGCCGCGGGGGGGACCCUUUUGAUGACGCGGAAUUAGACCCCUGGGGCCUGCUGGGGCCGAUGUUCGGAGGAGGUGCGCUGGGGGGCCUCCCGCACGGUCGCGGGUCCAACGGCCAAGACGGCCCGGGGGGGCCACGGAUGCGCCGGGAGGGUCCUGGGAGCCCACAUCAGGGGGGGGGUGUUGCUGAGUCCUCCGGGGACCCCAAGGAGGCCGCGGUGGCGGAGCUCGAGCGCAUGGGCGUGACAGUGGUGAUGCCGAAGCAGGACGGCGACGGCGCGCGCAACGACUUCGACGUCGACUGGGGGAGUCUGGCCGGGUACAACAAUCAAAAAGCGGCCAUCGUCGAGGCCCUGCUGCUCCCGCUGAUCCGGCCGGACGUCUACGACGCCGUCUCGGCGGGCACGCGGCGCCAGAAGGGCGCCGCGGGCAGCAGCCGGCCGCGCGCGAUCCUCUUCGAAGGCCCCCCGGGGACUGGCAAAACAGCGUCAGCCCGCGCCAUCGCGGGGCAGGCCGGCGUCCCGCUGGUGUACGUGCCGCUCGAGACGAUCGUGAGCAAGUGGUUCGGCGAGAGCGAGAAGACGCUCGGGAAGGUCUUCGACGCCGCAGAGACGCUCGGGGGCGCGCUGAUCUUCCUGGACGAGGUGGACGCGCUGGCGGUGGCGCGCGGGGACGAAACGCACGAGGUGUCGCGGCGGCUGCUCGGCGUGCUGCUGCGGCGGAUGGACGGGUUCGAUCAGGGCUCGAAGGUCGUGGUGGUUGCUGCGACGAACCGGCAGUCUGACCUGGACCCCGCGCUGCUGUCGCGGUUCGCGCUGACGGUGCCGUUCGGGCUCCCGGACGCGGAGACGCGCGUGGCGAUCGUGGGGGAGUACGCCGCGCAGCUCUCCGCCGGCGACAGGAAGGUGGUCGCGGAGGAGUGCGAGGGGUUCGCGGGGCGCGACAUCAAGUCGGUUUGCGAGGACGCAGAGCGGCGCUGGGCGGCAGCGAUCGUGCGGGGCAAGCAGAAGGCGGGGUCGCUGCCCGGGCGGCAGGAGUACGUGGACGCGGCGCGGCGGCGGCAGGACGCGCGCGGGCACCCCGCGGGAUGGUGA